AUGCAUUCCAUUAGCUGCCAGAGCAAUGACAUCAUUACCUGCCAUAUAGGUCAGGUUAGUGUGGUGCAAGUGACCAUCCCAGAUAAUUUUGUGAAUGUAACUCUUGGAUCUGAUGUCACUCUCGUCUGCACGCACACCACCACUGUGGCUUCUCUGAACAAACUUGUCAUCCAGUGGUCUUUCUUACAUAAUAAGGAUUUGGAGCCAAUAACCCAUGUCCCGUGCCUCAAUACUGAGGCUAUGGAGGAAAAGGCAGUCAGUCAGUGUCUAAAAACGGCACACGCAAGAGACGAUUGGGGAAGAUGUAGCUGGACCUCUCAGGUUUUCACUCUUUGUCAUUGCCUUGCAGUCAAACCUUCCAAGCCCUUUUGUAGCAUUCAAGGAAUACCAGAAACUGUCCACCCUGUUGCUCUUUCUUGCCUCUCUGCCAUCGGAACACCUGCUCUUGUGUACUACUGGUAUAAACUCAAGGGAAGAAACAUCGUCCCAGUGAAAGAAAGCUUUGACCCAGCCACCGGGAUUUUGAUUAUUGGAAAUCUAACCAAUUUUGAAAAAGGUUAUUACCUGUGCACUGCUAUCAACAGCCUUGGUAAUGGUUCCUGUGAAAUUGAUCUAACAUCUUCAAAUCCAGAAGUUGGAAUCAUUAUUGGGGCCUUGGUGGGUACCCUAGCAGGUGCUGCCAUUAUCAUCUCUGCUGUGUGCUUCACAAGGAGCAAGGCAAAGGCAAAGGAAAGGAAGAGAAAUUCUAGAACCACCACCGAACUCGUACCAAUGACAAAGGCCAACCAAAGUACAGAAAACGAAACAAUGCCACCUGAAGAAGCUGUCCAGAUUGAAGUUCUGCCACCUUCCAACCUUGAGACUAACCGUGCUAGUGUCCUGGAGCCAGACCAUGAGCCAGACCCAGAGCCUGCCCCGGAGCCUACCCCGGAGCCUGCUCCAGGGCCUGAGCCAGUGCCCGUGCCCGAGCCUGAGAUUGAGCUGGAGCCAGAGCCAGAGCUGGAGCCAGAGCUGGAGCCGGCAUCAGAGCCGAAGCCUGGGAUUGUAAUUGAGCCUCUCUGUGAUGAGGAGAAGGGGGUGACCAAGCCAUAAGCCAGUGGUCUAAAAUAAUAGCAGUCAUCAUGAAGGAAACCACCAAGUUCCAUUUGGAAUUCAGUUGACAUAACCAACCACCCCAUCACCUCCCUCCUUUUUAACCAGCCCUUAGAAGGCUCCAACUCUGAAUUCUAAGUAAGUGGGUCAAGAUAACAACUAAGUAAAUUCAAAGGUUCCUGCGACAUUAAUAGUGUAACAUACUUACAAUUUUAUUGACGUAAAAAUAACCAAUCCCAAGUAAACAAGCUAUUUCUAACUCAGCUAAGAGUUUUGCAAAAACAGCACUUGUGUCAUAUUUCAGAAAAUCUUGUCUAUUUUUAGCUGUUCUCUCGUGAUGUUCCACAUGUGCACACGACAAGAUGGCAUUAAUUAGAUUCAGUAUUGUUUCUAGGACUAGUUGUCAGAGC